ACCCAUCUCUGCCGCCUCCCGCCAUGCUCCGGACACGGACUGUUGUGAGCUCGCUGUCGGGCCUUCGCGCUGCUGCGGGAGCCUCCAUGGCGAUGCCUACCCGCACUGCAUACACAUGGGACCAGCGUGCCGAGGCUGAGCGCCUCCGCGUUGAGGAGGGCCGCCUCCAUGAGGAGGCCGAUGUGCUUGACGAGCCCAUUAUUUUCGACACCGACCCGUACAUCACGCCCGGGCGGGCGCUCGGCGCGCUGGGGCUGGCCUUUGUGGGCAUCGGCGCCUUUUACGGAUUCUUGACCAUCAUCGAUCCGUCGCAGUCAAACCCAGCCGUUCCGCGCGAGUUCCCCUUCAACGGCCUCCAUGUCGAGCUCGGUGGUGAUCCCGAUGUCGUGCCGGCCACCGCUUCCGCCGAUGCCGCCGACGAGUAA